UCCUCUGGAUCUCACGGCGCGUCGCGCAUAAUUACCGGGCGGUGACAGCCUUGGCUUCUGAAGAGUUUUGCUGUGCAACAAGUUCAUCUGAUUGAGAAUAUAUAUUUUUUUUAUUACAGUAAACUGGUUACGGGCGUUCCGACCCCAAGAAAUGGCCGUUGGGUCCCGGAGGAGGGGGAAGCCGAGGCGGACAAGCGCCGACACUACCAUGGCCUCUUCCCCUCCACCGCGCCCAAGGACGGCCGCCGCUACCGCCUCCCGCCACAGAAGCUUCUGGAGGAGAGGAAUCUCGAUCCCUUUCGUCCUGAUCUUCGUCUGCGUCCUUCUCCUCAUCAAUCUCGCUUGGAAGUUGACGGCGUCCAUCGUUUCCUCUCCUCGAUUCUACUCUUUCGACAUCGUCGAUGAGUUUCCCCAUGACCCCGGGGCCUUCACCCAGGGUCUCGUAUAUGGAGGAAAUGAUACAUUAUUUGAGUCAACCGGUCUUUAUAAAAGGUCAUCAGUCAGACAAGUUCUUCUCCAGACUGGAAAGGUCCAGUCUUACUACGCAAUGGAUGGAUCGGUAUUUGGAGAAGGUCUUACUCUUUUGGGUGAAAGGUUGUUUCAAGUGGCUUGGCUGACGAAAACUGGUUUCAUCUAUGAUCGACAUAAUCUUAGCAAGCAUGAGAAUUUCGUUCAUCAGAUGCAAGAUGGAUGGGGCCUAGCGACUGAUGGAAAAGUAUUAUUUGGGAGUGACGGAAGUUCAACACUCUAUCAGAUUGAUCCUCUAACCUUGAAAGUCACAAGAAUGGUAACUGUAAGAUAUGGUGAUCUUGAAAUUCCUUAUGUUAAUGAAUUGGAGUAUGUAAGUGGUGAAGUUUGGGCAAAUAUCUGGCAGACAGAUUGCAUAGCUAGAAUUUCUCAGAAAGAUGGCACAGUGCUUGGUUGGAUCCUUCUCAAUGAAUUAAGGGAAGGGUUGUUAAGAUCUGGACAUACAGAUAUUGAUGUUCUGAAUGGUAUUGCUUGGGACGAAGGAAAGAACCGUCUAUUUGUGACAGGGAAGUUAUGGCCAAAGCUUUAUGAGAUCAAGCUGCGGCCAAUAAGGGGCCCACUGAAAGGAAGUAUAGAGGACCUCUGUCCUAUAAAAACUUAAAAUCGGAGUAGCAGGAUAAUAUUAUCAAGACCACUGAGUACAGAGCUGGAGCUCAUUAUAUGGUGUCCACCAUAUGCCCAUAUGAACUAGAUCGUUCCUGGACUACGUUAUUGACCUAUGGUUGGUUCCUCUGCCAGUAUUUAUGACAUGCAUAAAUUGCUCGCUGGAUGGGCUAAAUUUGAUACAUCAAUGAUAUGGCUAUCAUGUUGCAUUUUUGUGUUAAGAUAUUUUACAUGUCUCAGUUCUCGCAACAAUGCGGGGCAGUGGGCAGUGUGUGGAUGCUCGCUGUCAUCUCAUGUGAAGAUGAUUGAAUCCAGCAACUUAAAACAUGGUUCUGAUGUUAAUUAUUUUAGUCGAGACUAGUCAUUGUCUAAAUUCCUCUUAUUAA